AUGCCUGAUUUUGGAGCAUUCGCUUCCCCAAAGACCGAGGAGGGAAAGAAGAAUGACUUGCCGCCGAGGAUCGUGCUCGGUCCUGACGGUAAACCGUGCAAGUCUUGUACCGCCUUCAGUGCGUGGGCAAAACUCCCGAAGAAGAAAGCGACCGGUGCCACCGAUCCCUCAUCAUCAUCCGCUCCACAAGACACCGUAACCCCCGCAACCCUCCCUCCAGACUGUCCACCCGACGUCGAAGCACUCGGACGAGCAACUUGGACUUUCCUCCACUCCAUGGCAGCAACAUACCCCGACUCCGCCCCACCAGAGAAACAAAAAGAAAUGUCCUCAUUCCUCCGGAUCUUCGGAAACGUCUACCCCUGCUGGGUCUGUGCCGAGGAUUUCCGGAGUUGGAUGGCGAAGGAUGAGAAUAAACCUGUGCUGACGGGAAGGGAGGCAAUGAGUCGGUGGAUGUGUAGGGCGCAUAAUGAGGUUAAUGAGAAGUUGGGGAAGCCAGCGUUUGAUUGUAACAAGUGGGAGGAGAGGUGGAGGACGGGGAGGAAGGGGUGCUUCCCGGAGGAUCUUUAG